AUGGCCGGCACCACGCCGGCGGCGUGGUCCGAUCCGGUGAAGGGCUCGGAGCUUGCCAUAGUCGCAGUUCGACCGCGGCGCGGACGUGGUGUUCGCCGCGGCCGGCGCCACCGGGCUGGGCGUGCUGCAGGCCGCCGCGGACGGCGGCAAGCUGUCGAUCGGCGUGGACUCCAACCAGAACCACCUGCACCCGGGGUCGGUGCUGACCUCCAUGCUCAAGCGCGUCGACGUCGCGGCCUACGACGUCUUCAAGACCGCGAUGGACGGCACCUGGGAGCCCGGCUUCAGGAACCUGGGGCUGGCCGAGGACGGCGUCGGCUGGGCGCUGGACGAGCACAACCAGGCACUGAUCAGCGACGAGAUGGCCGAGCGGGUGGAGGCCGCGCGCGCCGCCAUCGUCGCCGGAGAGAUGGAGAUUCACGACUACAUGGCGACCAACUCCUGCCCCUAGCGCCCCAAGACCGCCCGCCAGCAGUCACGCUGCGCGGGAUCAACAAGCGGUUCGGCACCGUGCAGGCCAACCGCGACGUGUCGCUGGAGGUGGCGGCCGGGGCGAUCCACGGCAUCGUCGGCGAGAACGGUGCCGGCAAGUCGACCCUGAUGAGCAUCCUCUACGGGUUCUACCGGGCCGACUCCGGCACCGUCGAAGUGGAGGGACGGCCGGUCGCCAUCGCCAGCCCGCGCGACGCGAUCGCCGCCGGCAUCGGCAUGGUCCACCAGCACUUCAUGCUGGUGGAGCCGCUGACGGUGCUUGAGAACGUCCUGCUGGGCGCCGAGGGCGCGGCGCGGCUGCAACGCGGACUGCGCCGCGCGCGCGACACGCUGAAUCACCUGGCGCGGGACUACGGGCUGGAGGUGGAUGUCGAUGCCCCGGUCGGCGACCUGCCGGUCGGCAUCCAGCAGCGCGUCGAGAUCCUCAAGGCGCUGUACCGCGGCGCCGAGACCCUGAUCCUGGACGAACCGACCGGGGUGCUGACGCCCCAGGAGGCCGACGAGCUGUUCCGGAUCCUGGCCGCGCUGAAGCAACAGGGCCGGACCAUGAUCCUGAUUACCCACAAGCUGCGCGAGAUCAUGGCCGUCACCGACCGCGUGACGGUGAUGCGCCGCGGCGAGGUGAUCGCCCACGUCGAUACCGCCGCCACCUCGCAGGAACACCUGGCUGAGCUGAUGGUGGGGCGCACGGUGCUGUUGCGCGUGGAAAAGAGCCCCGCCACGCCAGGCGAGCUGAUGCUCCAGGGCGACCACCUGGACUACACCGACGCCGCCGGCGUGCGCCGUGUGCGGGACGUGAGUCUGAGCGUGCGCCGCGGCGAGAUCGUCGGCAUCGCCGGGGUGGCGGGCAACGGCCAGUCGGAGCUCAUGGCGCUGCUGGCCGGGAUCGAGCAACCGGAUGCCGGCACGGUGACGGUCAACGGCCGGCCGGUGUGCGAUGCCCGUGACGCGGCCGACGCGCGCCGGAUGCGCCACGCCGGCCUGGGCCACGUGCCGGAGGACCGGCAGCGCAUGGGGCUGGUCGGCAGCUUCGCGGCCAACGAGUCCUCGAUCCUGGGCUACCACGACGACCGCGCCUACAACGGCGCCAUCCUCAUGCACCGGCGAGACAUCAUCGCCUCCUCCCGGCGCCAGAUGAACGAGUUCGACGUGCGCCCGCCCGAUCCGCUGCUGCGCAGCUCCGCAUUCUCCGGCGGCAACCAGCAGAAGAUCAUCGUUGCCCGCGAGCUCGACCGCGAUCCGGACGUGCUGCUCAUCGGCCAGCCCACCCGCGGGCUCGACAUCGGCGCGAUCGAGUUCAUCCACCGGCGCCUGAUCCUGUUGCGCGACCGGGGCAUGGCGAUCCUGCUGGUGUCGGUGGAGCUGGACGAGAUCAUCGCGUUGAGCGACCGGGUGCUGGUGAUGUUCGACGGCGCCGUCGCCGGCGAGGUGGCUGGCGCGGACGCGACGGAGCAGACCAUCGGUUCGUUGAUGGCCGGGGUCGGCGCGGCGGCUUGA